AUGCUUUUGCUGAAUCUUGUUCUUUCUGCAGUAGCUGCUGCUGCUCUCCCCACUCCUGAAAGCUCGGAGGGAAAUCAAUCCCAGCCCUUCUCUCAGAAUGGUCUUGCGCCUUGGAAUGCCGGUGCCGUCAACCGAUUCCCUAUCCAUUCAAGCUGCAAUUCAACCCAGCGUCGCCAGAUUGAGUUGGGAUUGAACGAGACCAUCACCCUCGCUGAGCAUGCCAAAAGCCAUAUCUUGAGAUGGAGCAACGAGAGCGCAAUUUACAAGAAAUACUUCGGAGAUAGUCCUACCAUGGAAGCAAUCGGUGCCUAUGAUAUCGUGGUCAACGGUGACAAGAAGGAUAUCUUGUUCCGAUGUGACAACCCCGAUGGCAACUGCUGGGCCGGUCACUGGCGCGGCACCAACGCGACAGACGAGACCGUUAUCUGCGAUCUAAGCUACGAGACCCGUCGUUCCCUUUCUACCAUGUGUGGCCUCGGAUAUACAGUUUCCGAGUCCGAGACCAACACUUUCUGGGCAGCUGAUCUCCUGCACCGUCUAUACCAUGUCCCUGCGAUUGGCCAAAACUGGAUCGACCAUUUCGCGGAUGGAUAUGAGGAAGUCAUUGAUCAGGCCAAGAAGAAUGCCACCUUGGCUACUCAUGACUCGGAGACUCUUCAAUACUUUGCGCUGGAAGCCUAUGCUUAUGAUAUCUCUGCUCCUGGUAUCGGAUGCCCUGGUGUUCAGCAUGAGCAUGAAAGCCACGACGAAGCCACGACUACUACGGAGUCCACUCCGACGGCUACCACUGCUGACAAGCCGUCUUCUACACAAGAUGUUCCCGCUAAUUGCCAUACCCACGAAGGAGGCGAGCUUCACUGCACUUGA